AUGUUUCGCAGGUUCGCAGUAUUGAUCGCGGUCGUGGCGGUAUCGGCGUCUUUGGCCGUUAACGCGCCGGACACCCGGGAACCGAGUGUCGCGUCCAGCAACACCGUCGCGCACAAGAGGUCGUACCAGCAGCAGUUCGAGCAGAAGGGACCGCAGCAAAACGGCGCGGCCAAGGCGCCGUCCGGCGGCGGCAAGGGUCUGUCCAGCCUGCUCGGCGUGUUGAGCCUGCCGAAAAAGCUGGUGGGCGCGGUGACCUCGGUGAUUGGCGGUCUGUUGAAGUCCCUGGGCGAACAGAAUCUGCUCAAGGCCGCCAAGCUGGCCGCCCUGGUGACCGUGCUGGGAACUGUCGCGACCGUGGGCGCCGUGGCCGUGGCCGGUCUGGUGUCGGCCGUGUCGGCCAUCUGCGGUGUCGUGCUGUACGUGAAAUACCUGUUGGGCGCCGGCAACAAUAACGGCGGCGGUGCGUCCGACUCGCACAUCGACAACGUCAGCGACUUCGUCAACGGCGCUUUCAGCAAAUACGAACAGUACGAGGGAUGA